UUGUUGUGUGACAGGAGGAAGAAUCUUCCCAGGUAGCUAACGUCAGCGUCUCACCUGUAUUGGAAGGAAAGUGAAAGUAGUGCAGGAUUCCCAGCGGCCGCUGUCACCUCUCUCCUGUCACUCGUAUUCUGGACGCAAGAAGAAAUCUUAACAUCAUGAAAAUUAAGACAUUUUCCUCCUGGAGACUGAAAUAUAAAGGAAGAAACAUGGCAAGACUGUGGCUACAUCUGAUACCAGCACUGGAGAGACACCGAAUAACCCGGCAGGUUUCCAGGAGCAACAGAAGAUCCCUGCACCCAGAGCAGCACAUAAGCCAUGGACUUCAGACUGGUGGCCGUCAUCGUACUAGCUGUGGCAGUGAGUGGAUCUCCACAUGGAAGUCACUGCCACGUGUCCCGAUAUUUAUCCGUGUCUCCCACUGAUAUCACAGCGCUGAGACAGCUGCAAGAUUCUGAGAAGGACAUGUCCAGCAAUGCAACAAGAUGUUACAGGAGAAUGAUGAAACACAAGCCAUCUGUAUGUGACCUAGAGCCCAGUGACCGCCUGAUCCUGACCUUGGAGCGAGUGUCACUAGCUGCUGAUGUACUGACCAGUAUGUCCUCAUCUGCUCUGUCUGACGCUGUAUCACAGUCUCUUAUGGCUUUCCUCACACUGAGAGAUGACCUGAUGAUCUGUAGGGAGUCACCAGAAUAUAGAGAACCUGCCUCCCAGCGGCUGAGGCCCUGGCUGCACCAUCUCCAACGCUUUAAGGAAACAGCAUCUCCAGCAUGUGUCCAGGACGCUGUAUUACUCGGCCUCAUCUCACUAAGGGUAGAAGAUGUGAGCUGUUGGGCUGUAAGAAAUCUGUCCGGUGAGACCUAGAACAAGAGGCCGUUACAUCUCUCUCCGUAUACACAUGCCUGGCUGCUGCUGGUGAUCUAUAUACCAAUGACUCGGAGACAACAUGUAACUACUCAUUGCUGGACUUGUCUGCUCACCCUACAGUACACAGAGGUCUCCUGCCUUUCUCUGGUGGACCCAGCUACUCAUCCUUACAAAGAAUGAUCAAUACUCUGCCUCACAGUCCCUAUUUAUAUUAUUUAUAGAUUAUUUAUAAUGCCAUUGUUAAACUAAAUUAUAUAUUCACUGUUAUUUAUUGAUACUCUGGCUCCCUGGUGGAUGCAUUGAGGUUGUUAAGAUCCGUUUUAUUUAUUUUUCCAUAAAUUUGACUUU